CCACUAUUUUCUUUAACUCUCUGUUCGACACAACUAUCCAUGAUCGCACCUCCAUCUCGUCAGUGUAAAAAACCAACCCCUGCAUCCGCGAUCACCACCACCACCACCACCGUUACAUCAAGCAAGCUGAAGCUGGUAUGCAGAUUCAAUGGAGCAUUCCACGUAAAGGCAACAUCAACGAAGAUUAUCUACAUUGGUGGGGAGACACGUAUUAUAUCCGUCGAGAGGAACAUGGACUUGCCAAAACUCCGUUUUAGAAUAUCCCAACUUUGCCCUAAUUUACAUUCUUUCUCACUCAAGUACCACCUUCCUGUUUCCGGGUCAGGAUUAGGGUCCGAACCUAAGGAUUCUCCUUUAGUUUCGAUUUUAUCAGACGACGACGUCUUGUGUAUGAUUAAGGAGUAUGAUAAGUUGGAGUUGUACGGUAAGCAUGCUAGGCUUUGGAUAUAUGUGUGUAGUUGUGACAGUAAUAAUGAAUGUGAUCCACAUAAUUACAGUGAUAUUUCAUUGAGGAAAAUGAACAAAUUACUGGCCAAACAAUGGCCUUUGAAUCUAAGGGAUGGAAAUUUGCAUGUGCAGAAUAAUGGUUCAGUGAAUUUGAAUCAUUUGCAUAAUUUGAUGUCUGAUCAUGUGGACGCUAAGCAGGAUUUACGACGGAAUUAUUAUCACAAUGGAAUUCGAAACCAGCGGGACCAUCAUCAAAGUGUUGGAUUGGAUGGAAGGGUUUCAGUGGGAAAAUGCUAUUAUGGGCUUAGGGCAAAAUCAAACAUUUCAAAGCAGGGACAAUGUUUGAGAUCAUUUUAUUUCUCUAAAAAUUCAGGUUGUACACGGAAUUUGAGUGAAGGAAGAAAAAGCCUGCUACAUUCAAGUUUUUACGUAUCAAGAGAGAAGAGUGGCUCUGCUGUCUCAUUGUUUGGAAAUUCAAAGUCCAGAGCUUGUGAUUUUGCUCAUGUGGAGAACAUGGAAUGCCAACAAGAUCUCUUGACUGGUUCCCCAUAUAAACCGCAUGAAGUUCCAUAUCAGAGUGUUUGUAAUGAGCUACUCUCAUUUAGCCAGCAGAAGGCUGACAACAUCUCUGUUGUAUAUUGUGAUUUGCAAUCUAGCAAUGUUCCUACAGCUGAAUGCGAAAUGGGUAAAGGAAUUGCAUCUUCGGUAGAGCUUUUGGAUAACUUGUCAUUAUCAUCAAAAAGAGUGGAACCUCCUGUUCCUUCUGUUGCUAAUAAUGAUUUUGCUACUUCUUUGUUAACGAGUAAAUCAAAGCAUUUAAAUCUUCUGGAUGGAAACAUUAGCACAGGCCCUGAAGCAGAAAAAUCAAAUGCAGACACAUUGCAUUCUUCUGCGUUUAAUGCAAUUGGCGUAGAGAAGUCCGAAACCAGAGAAGGCAUAAAAUGCUCCAAGCUGAUGGGUGGGAUCUCUGAUGAUUUGGCUACUAGACAGUUGCAGACUAUUAAAAAUUCAGACCUGGAGCACAUAAAAGAACUGGGCUCAGGCGCGUAUGGAACUGUCUACUAUGGAAAAUGGAAAGGGUCUGACGUGGCCAUCAAGAGGAUAAAACCAAGUUGCUUCACAGAAGGCUCAAUGGCGAAGGAUCGAUUGGUCGCAGACUUUUGGAAGGAAGCUCACAUACUUGGUCAACUUCACCAUCCAAACAUUGUGGCAUUUUAUGGUGUAGUAACAGAUGGACCUGCAAAUAACUUGGGAACAGUAACCGAGUAUAUGGUGAAUGGAUCUCUGAAGCAAGUUUUUCGGAGAAAGGAUAGAACAGUUGAUCGUCGGAAAAGAACAAUAUUAGCAAUGGAUGCUGCCAUUGGAAUGGAAUAUCUUCAUGAGAAGAACAUUGUCCACUUUGACCUGAAAUCUCCUAAUUUGCUUGUGAAUAUGAGGGAUCCUUUGAGGCCAGUAUGCAAGAUUGGUGAUCUAGGCUUAUCAAAAAUUAAAAAGCGGACACUUGUCUCUGGUGGAGUAAGAGGAACCAUACCAUGGAUGGCACCAGAACUUUUGAACAGCAAUAACAAAAUGGUGACGGAGAAGGUUGAUGUGUACUCAUUUGGAAUUGUUAUGUGGGAGCUCUUGACUGGGGAAGAACCUUAUGCAGACUUGCGUUCAGAAGAAAUUAUAGCUGGUAUAAUCAAGGGCAUAUUACGACCUGAAGUUCCAAGCUGGUGUGAUCCAGCUUGGAGAUCACUGAUGGAGAGAUGCUGGUCAUCUGAUGCCAAGUCUAGGCCAGCCUUUUCAGAGAUUGCUAAGGAGCUACGUGCAAUGUCAGCAGCCAUGAACAUAAAGUGACUAGAUUGAGGCUUGUGCUGCGUUUUUUUGUGUAAAUAUCAGGAACAAAGUAGGUAUGGUGAGAGGCAUCUAGCUUUUAGUGCCUGCUGAUGAUAACCCCUUAUGUUAUGGGUUGGUGUGCCAGGUGGACAGUAUUUUUGUUGUCACUGGUAUGAUAUAGGGAAAUGUAGAUACGCCCUAAUAACUAGUAGAGUCCCAUUGUGUAGACCUGUUAUCGAGGUAGAGGCAAGUCACUUUAGAAUUGGAUGAGCUUUGUAAAUUUUUGGUUAAGGCUCCAAUAGUAUAGGAAUGUCAAUUGAUAAUCAUAGCUAUCUCUCUCCCUCUCUCAUGUACACUAGCAACACUAUACCAGCACAAGUAUAGCUCGUGUGGCAAAGCCCCCUAUUACUGUGGGUUCAAUCUCCAUCCUCCUCAACAAUACUCAUCUAACAGAAUUUACAUGUUAACGCUUUCUUUUUCUAAAUCUUGUUUUUGAAUUCUAUUCUAUUGUGAAACUUUAGGCUGAUAUUUUCAGGCUGAAUUUUUUAUAAAUUUCAAUUAAACUCUAAAAGUUCAA